UUAAACAACGUUAAUUGGCGCACUUCGCCCAACGAGGGAAUUACUGGCCCAGCCGUGCCCAACCGUGAGCCGAAGUCUGGGAAUCCAGUGAAGUGGCACUGACGUAGGAGCCCCAUCCCUCCCGCUGACGGACCACCUCCCCGCGCUGAUGACCCACCACCUCCUCGUGCUGACGAUCCACUGCAACCCGUAACCAGCCCCGCAACCAUCUACAUAUUCCAAGAUGACGCUCCUCCCGCUCCUCCUAUCUCUCCUUAACCUGUCCGGCGCUUCCCUCCCGGCUUCCUACCUACUACGACCAGGCGCUUUACUUGAAGACGUUGGUAAUAUUGCAUUCGUCGGAAACUACGUCGAGGUAGAUAUCAGCCUUGGCAUCCUCCCCUCCUUCUAUAACACCGCAUCUACACACCUCUCCCUGAUAGGCCAGUACUCCCACACAGUUACCACGGACAACUUACUCACCACGGUUCAGGCUGACUCAUUACUAUCAUUUCUAAACGUAUCUCGAUACGAUUUGUUACCCUUUAAGGACAGACUACCGCGCCCACGGCCACGUCGUGUCCGCCGCGGUUUAUUCAAUUUUAUGGGCGACGCUACUUCGUACUUAUUCGGCAUCGCCACACAUGAUGAGCUUGACGCUCGUUUUCGUGAUUAUGAGAGCCACUUGGGCUCUGUUGUUAGCAAAGUUAAAGUGACCUUCGAUGCAAUCCACUCUAUUACUAACACAGUUAACUCUCUAAACAACAUUACGCGUAAUCUGGCAAUCUAUACUGAUAGUAAUGCGCAGAGAAUCGCUAGUGAACAACACUUCUCUAUCCUACUCGCACAUAUUUCCCUCUACCAGUCUCGUGUCCGUCUGUUUGUGGACCACUUGCACACUCUCGUCCAUGACCUUAUCCUUGCCGUUCAUGGUACUGUUAUGCCCUCACUUAUUCCCCCCACAGCUCUGGCUACGUUCGUUGACCGUAUCUCCACAACCACUCCCUACCGACCCUUGUUUUCGCUUACUAAUAUUACUCUUCUUUACUCACAGCUAGACUCCUUCAUUACACCUCAUGGCCUGUCAAUCAUGAUUCCCCUCGCACCUGACACCUCCUUCACAGCCUACAGGAUACACCCAUUCCCUCUCUCCUUAGACAACAAUGUUUACGUACUCUCACCUGACACCGACAUUAUCCUCAGGUCAAGCGACCAUAGCUCUCUCUCCCUUAUAUCAUCUGAUAUUCUUACCUCCUGUUCCCGUGUCUUGUCCAGUUUGCGAGUCUGUUUCGACGUUCUAGUCCCCGAACGACCAUAUUUCCACUCCUCUUGCCAUAUGGCUCUGAUCACGGGCAGGAACGUUCACGCGUCCUGCAUGUUUGAUCAACUAAAUGUCACGGGGGCUGCCCCCUUUCUGCUCACCCUUCCCGACACACAUUUAUUAUACUUCUUCAGCGACACGCAGUUAAGCAUCACCUGUAACAGCAACCAUACUGAUCUUGUAGCCGUUGGUGCGUUCAUCCUCCCGCGGUUUUGCAGACUUGACUCCCGCCUCAUUACUUUACGCCCAUAUCAUCAUUUUCACUACUCAUACACACCGUCUUCCCCCUUGCUCUCGCCGACCUCGCUAAACCUCCCUCAACACAAGUUCACGCAUUCGAAGCCAUCCGUCCAACGCAACAGCGGAUGCGAUAUUUAUGCAACAACAGACGAUAAAAAGAGCGUCUGCUGCUCCUUCGCCCAUCCCCAGUACUGCUGCAUCGUGCCAGACUGUGCCCUGUCUGCACUUCACCGCUUAGGGGCCACGGCCCUCGCCCGCUCUCCCCUGUGUCCGUUAUUGGUAACUAUAGUUCUCUUUACCCAGUCAUUAUUCCCCGUUAUUGAUAUAUUCGUAUACACAGAACACAUAACUUUAUCGCCACACCAACAGCAGCCUCAGCGGCCCGGCUCGGGGCAGUGGGGGACCCAGGUGUUGCGAUUCCUCGCCGUCAACUCGCGCGCCGGACCCCACGUGUGCGUGAGGGACGUCCCCGGAACUGGUCCAAAAGGGGCGGUUGGCUGA